GCGUUUACGUUUACUAGCCUCUACGCAGCCUAGGGUAUCCACGGACGUAUUAUACGGUAUACUACGAGUGUCUAUAUAAAUACAGCAAGUUACAGUAUAGAGUCACACCAUUACCAAUCGGUAGAGAGAUAGACAGAGAGAGAAAGAAAGAAAGAGAUGGGAAGUCAAGAAAAUGGAAGCUUAGCUUCUUUCGUCAAGAUACCAACAAUUAAAUUUACCAAACUGUUUAUCAAUGGAGAAUUUGUUGAUUCCAUUUCAGGAAAGACGUUUGAGACAAGAGAUCCAAGAAGCGGAGAGGUGACAGCAAGAGUUGCAGAAGGAGAUAAAGAAGAUGUCGAUUUAGCAGUAAAAGCUGCACGCCACGCAUUUGACAAUGGCAAAUGGCCUCGCCUGUCUGGUUCUGCAAGAGGAAGGAUUAUGAUGAAAUUUGCAGACCUAAUCGAAGAACAUAUAGAAGAAUUAGCAGCACUAGACACUAUAGAUGCAGGAAAGUUGUUCAGCAUCGGAAAGAUGAUAGAAAUUCCUAAUGCAGCAAACCUCCUAAGGUACUAUGCAGGUGCAGCAGAUAAAAUUCAUGGCCAAGUAUUAAAAAUGUCACGCGAGCUUCAAGGCUACACACUGAACGAACCCAUUGGUGUAGUAGGACAUAUCAUCCCAUGGAACUUCCCUAGCACCAUGUUUGUCACGAAGAUCGCACCGGCUUUAGCUGCUGGUUGCACAAUGAUCGUCAAGCCUGCUGAGCAAACCCCACUUUCAGCUCUCUAUUAUGCUCAUUUAGCUAAGCAAGCUGGGAUUCCUGAUGGAGUGAUCAAUGUUAUAACUGGAUAUGGACCGACAGCUGGUGCUGCUAUUGCUUCUCAUAUGGACAUUGAUAAGGUAAGUUUUACAGGAUCUACUGAUGUGGGACGAAAAGUAAUGCAAGAAGCAGCUUUAAGCAAUUUAAAACAGGUUUCACUUGAACUAGGAGGAAAAUCCCCUCUCCUAAUCUUUGAUGAUGCUGAUGUGAAUGCAGCUGCCGAUCUUGCUCUUCUUGGCAUCCUCUCUAACAAGGGAGAGGUUUGCGUGGCGAGUUCGCGAGUUUAUGUGCAAGAAGGAAUUUAUGAUGAAUUUGUAAAGAAAUUGAAGGUGAAGGCAAUAGAUUGGGUUGUUGGAGAUCCUUUUGAUCCCAAGUCUCGCCUCGGUCCACAGGUUGAUGAGCAGCAGUUCAAUAAAAUUUUUUCUUACAUAGAGUCUGGGAAAAAAGAAGGAGCCACCUUGUUAACUGGUGGUAACCCUUCAGGCACUAAGGGAUACUAUCUUCAGCCUACCAUUUUCACUGAUGUCAAGGAGCAUAUGCUGAUUGCACAGGAUGAAAUUUUUGGACCUGUUAUGUCAUUGAUGAAGUUCAAAACAAUUGAAGAGGGAAUCAAGAGAGCAAACAAUACAAGAUAUGGACUGGCAGCUGGAAUUGUGACAAAGAACUUGGAUGUGGCUAACACAGUGUCAAGAUCAAUACGUGCUGGUAUUAUUUGGAUCAACUGUUACUUCGCAUUUGAUGCUGAUUGUCCUUAUGGAGGAUAUAAGUCAAGUGGGUUUGGUAGAGAUCUUGGAUUGGAUGCCCUGCAUAAAUAUUUACAAGUCAAGUCUGUAGUUACUCCUAUUUAUAAUUCUCCUUGGCUGUGAUUGUGAAUACACAUAUAUAUAUUAUACACGGUCAUCAGCUUUUUAAAUUGAAAUCUUCUCUAUGAUAAUAAAAAAAUGCAAUAGAGAUACAACAAAUAUUAUUUGAUG